AUGUCUACUACAGGCUCUCCCCAACCGUACGCAACGAGAACGCAAUCUAAUCUGGUUGCUCGAGGAACCUUCCGUGAGAGUGUUCCAAAUGCAAGGAGGCCAUCAGUCGCGCUAGUUGGAGAAAACCAUCCUCUACUUGCUCCAAAUGGCAUGAUCGGAUCCAUUGCUGUAGAACCAACAUGGACAGAGUCUCUCAAGCAGGCCAUUCUUGGAUCUGGAUUGAAUGUCUUGUUGGUACGCAUGCGUCUAGUAACAACGAUAGGGCCGAGGGAAUUGUUUCUUGGAUUCGUACCUGUAGACAAGUCACAAUUACGCUGCAACGAUCUAUUCAAUGUUUCAAGCAUCCCAAUCUGCAUUCCACUGGGAGUCCUCUCUGCAAAGCUCGAAUGGCCUGAAUACGCUACAUUCUUCUUGAACUUUUUCGCAAUCAUUCCGCUAGCUGGUUUGCUUGGAUUCUGUACUGAAGAGGUUGCGUUGAGAGCUGGACAGACGAUCGGCGGGCUGAUCAAUGCCACCUUGGGAAACGCUGUUGAAUUGAUUGUGGGAAUUUUUGCUCUAAGAGAGGGACUAAUCAAUGUAGUUCAGGCGUCACUGCUUGGAAGUAUUCUGUCAAACCUUUUGCUGGUUACUGGAUUCUGCUUCUUCUUUGGAGGCUUGAAAUAUCACACACAGUCGUUCAAUACGACUGCCGCUCAAACAUCGGCGAGUCUAAUGGCGCUGACUGUGUUUGCAUAUCUCAUUCCUGCAGCAUACGUUAUGCAGGCUUCGUCUGAGGAUCCAGAUACUCUCAAGCAUGUCGAGAGUCUGAGUCGAGCAACAGCCAUCAUACUACUGAUCAUAUACGUCUGUUUCCUCGUCUUCCAACUCCAUACACAUACCGCCAUAUUCAACGACACUACCCAACACCACGACACCGCCAACGAUGCAGACGACGACGAAGAAGAAUCCCCAACCCUAAACUUUAAAUUCGCGAUUGUACUCUUACUAAUCGUAACAAUCUUGAUAUCAGUCUGUGCCGACCUCCUUGUCGGCUCAAUCGAGGGUCUGACAUCCAAACUAGGUCUCACGCAAUCAUUUGUUGGAAUCGUGUUGCUGCCGAUAGUGGGUAACGCUGCAGAGCAUUAUACGGCCGUGCUUUGUGCUAUUAAGAAUAAGAUGAAUUUGGCUAUUUCGGUUGCUGUCGGGUCGUCUAUGCAGAUUGCGUUGAUGGUGACUCCCUUCUUGGUAUUGCUUGGGUGGGUGCUUGAUCAGCCAUUGACGCUUGCAUUCCCGCCGUUCUCGAGUGUUACGAUAUUUGUUGCUGUGUUUGUGGUUAACAGUCUGAUACAAGAUGGAGAGUCGAAUUGGAUUGAAGGCAGCAUGCUGCUAGCCGCAUAUUGCAUCUUGGCUGUAGCCUUCUUUUACAUUGCAUAG